AUGACGAAGAGCUUUGUGGAGAACAAUUCUGCUGCCAACGCCACCGCUGCUGAAACAUCCACCAACCAGACAGAACUUCAGACAGAAGCACCAGAGCAGCCGGACCCCUCCAGGAUCGAGGUGGUCUCAGUGACGGAGGAAGACCUCCCCACCGUCGAAACCCCCAACACGGUGAACGUCAGCCCCCUGGGAAGCUUUGCCGCCGACCCCCAAUCAGAGAACGAGUCCACCAAACCUGAAGAGCCCCAUCGUCCAGCUGCACCCAGCCCGGCCAUGCCCAUCACCAAGGUGCAGCCCUUUCUGAAUGACGACGACUUGGAUAAAAGCUGGAAGAGCCGGGUGCUCGCCCAUCGGCUGGAGCUGCUCAUCGCUUCGGGCGUCAUCGUGCUCGUCGCUCUCGUUCUCGGCAUCGGCCUCGGAGUCGGUCUGAGCUGUGUGGGGAAGUUUCGUUGCGGUUCGACGUCUCGAUGCAUCAGCAGCUCGUCUCGGUGUGACGGAGAAAUUCACUGUGAGAACGGAGAGGACGAGCUCGGCUGUGUGCGUCUCAGUGGGAGGAGCUCGGUCCUGCAGGUCCAGAUGGGAGGCGUGUGGAGGACGGUCUGCUCCGAGGACUGGAACAACUGGCUGGGCGUCUCAGCCUGCAAACAGCUGGGAUACUCCAGGUACGUGGAGUCGUUCUUCGUCUCUCUGACCGCCGUUGAACCCGAGCUGCAGUACAACCUGGUAUCCAUCAACCUGAGCCAGCCGCAGAUCAUCAAACUCCAGAACGCCACGACCUCCAGUAAGAGUCAGUGCAGCUCGGGGAAGGUGACGACUCUCAAAUGUUUGGCGUGCGGCUCCAGGCCUCAGUACAGCACUCGUAUCGUCGGGGGCAACGCCUCCAAGCCGGGUCAGUUCCCCUGGCAGGUCAGCCUCCACUUCAGCAGCGAGCAUCUGUGUGGAGGCUCCAUCAUCACGUCCCGCUGGGUGCUCACCGCGGCGCACUGCGUCUACGGGUUUGCGGAGGCGUCCAUGUGGUCGGUCCACGCUGGUCAGACGGAGCAGCCGGUACACGGAGCUCAGUCUCUGUCUGUGGAGCGGAUCAUUUAUCACGCUGGCUACCGACCCAAAGGACUCGACUACGACAUCGCUCUGAUGAAGCUCACCAAGCCGCUCGUCUUUAACGGCUUCGUGGAGCCCAUCUGUCUGCCCAACCACGGCGAGGAGUUCGAGGAGGGCACCAUGUGCUGGAUCUCUGGGUGGGGGGCGACCGAGGACGAAGGAGAGACCAGCGUGGUGCUGCGCUCCGCCAUGGUGCCGCUCCUCUCCACAAAGACCUGCAACCAGCCGGAGGUCUAUCAGGGCUUCAUCUCCUCCUGGAUGAUCUGUGCCGGGUUCCUGGAGGGAGGAACCGACUCCUGCCAGGGUGACAGCGGCGGCCCCCUGGCCUGUGAGGACUCGUCUGUGUGGAAGCUGGUGGGAGCGACCAGCUGGGGGAUCGGCUGCGCCAUCAGGAACAAGCCGGGCGUCUACACCCGGAUCACACGCUCGCUCAGCUGGGUCCGCCAGCAGAUGGAGAGAGAAGAGGCUCUCAGCUCAGACAACUGA